AUGGCGUACCAGACCUUCCGGCAGGAGUACCUGCAGGUGCCGCCCGUUACGCGGGCCUACACCACGGCCUGCGUCCUCACCACCGCCGCCGUGCAAUUAGAACUAAUCACACCCUUUCAGCUGUAUUUCAACCCUGAAUUAAUAUUUAAACACUUUCAAGUAUGGAGGUUAGUCACAAACUACUUAUUCUUUGGACCAGUUGGCUUUAAUUUUUUAUUUAACAUGAUCUUUUUAUAUCGUUACUGCCGAAUGCUCGAAGAAGGCUCUUUUCGAGGUCGGACGGCAGAUUUUGUAUUUAUGUUCCUUUUUGGAGGACUUUUAAUGACUCUUUUUGGCCUCUUUGUGAACUUGGUUUUCUUGGGUCAGGCAUUCACAAUAAUGCUCGUGUAUGUAUGGAGCCGCAGGAAUCCCUAUGUCCGUAUGAACUUUUUUGGUCUUCUUAUCUUUCAAGCCCCAUUUCUACCCUGGGUGUUGAUGGGCUUUUCACUGCUUUUGGGGAACUCCAUCAUUGUGGAUCUCCUGGGCAUUGCUGUUGGACAUAUAUAUUUUUUCUUAGAGGAUGUCUUUCCCAAUCAGCCCGGUGGUGGAAGGCUUCUGAGAACACCAUCUGUCCUGAAAGCAAUAUUUGAUACACCAGAAGAUGAUCCUAAUUACAAUCCCUUGCCAGAAGAACGACCGGGAGGAUUUGCAUGGGGAGAAGGAGAAACUGGCUCAGGGAAGACCACUCAGCUCCCUCAGUACCUCUAUGAAGCAGGAAUUGGCCGCCAAGGCAUCAUUGCUGUGACCCAGCCUCGCAGAGUAGCAGCUAUAACCUUAGCUGCCAGAGUCUCGGAUGAGAAGAAGUCAGAGCUGGGGAAACUGGUUGGCUAUACUGUACGCUUCGACGAUCUUACAUCUGCUGAAACUAGAAUCAAGUUUUUAACAGAUGGAAUGCUGCUUCGCGAAGCUAUUGGGGACCCUAUGCUGCGGAAGUACAGCGUUGUCAUCCUGGAUGAAGCCCAUGAGAGGACGAUCCAUACUGAUAUACUCUUUGGAGUGGUGAAAGCUGCACAAAAGAAACGAAAGGAACUGGGCAAACUGCCACUAAAAGUGGUCAUCAUGUCAGCUACGAUGGAUGUUGACCAGUUCUCCCAGUACUUCAAUGGAGCUCCUGUUCUCUAUUUAGAAGGCAGGCAGCAUCCCAUUCAGAUCUUUUACACCAAACAGCCUCAGAGUGAUUACCUCCAAGCAGCACUGGUGUCAGUCUUCCAAAUCCACCAGGAAGCACCCUCUUCUCAGGACAUCCUGGUGUUUCUGACUGGUCAGGAAGAAAUUGAAGCAAUGACCAAAACCUGUCGAGACAUUGCCAAGCAUCUCCCUGAUGGCUGCCCACAGAUGAUGGUGAUGCCUCUUUAUGCUUCUCUGCCCUACUUUCAACAACAACGCGUCUUUCAGGCUGCCCCCAAGGGCUGUCGCAAAGUGAUCCUGUCCACCAACAUCGCAGAAACCUCCCUCACCAUUGCGGGAAUAAAAUACGUCGUGGACGCAGGCAUGGUCAAAGCAAAGAAGUACAGCCCCGAAAUUGGUCUGGAAGUGUUGGCGGUCCAGCGGGUGUCAAAGGCCCAGGCUUGGCAACGCACAGGGAGAGCAGGGCGAGAGGACAGUGGGAUCUGUUACCGGCUCUACACAGAGGAUGAGUUUGAGAAGUUUGACAGAAUGACAAUACCUGAGAUACAGAGGUGUAACCUGGCCAGCGUGAUGCUUCAGCUCCUGGCCCUGAGAAUUCCCGAUGUGCUCACCUUUGACUUUAUGUCCAAACCAUCUCCUGACGCUAUUCAAGCAGCGAUUGAGCAGCUGGACGUGCUGGGAGCUGUGGAACGAAAGGAAGAUCAGCUUGUCCUAACUCCCCUGGGAAGGAAGAUGGCAGCGUUUCCACUGGAACCAAAGUUCUCUAAAACCAUCCUCCUGUCCCGCAAGUUCCACUGUACAGAAGAGAUCCUGACCAUCGUGUCGCUGUUAUCAGUGGACAGUGUCCUCUACAAUCCUCCUGCCCGGCGGGAUGAAGUGCAAUCUGUCAGGAAGAAAUUCAUCUCCAGUGAGGGGGAUCAUCUUACCCUGCUCAACGUGUACAGGGCCUUCAAAAAUGUCAGUGGCAACAAGGAAUGGUGCAAAGAGAACUUUGUCAACAGCAGGAACAUGAUGCUUGUGUCAGACGUCAGAGCUCAGCUCAGGGACAUUUGUUUAAAGCUAUCGAUGCCAAUCGAGUCCUCCCGCUCGGAUACUGGAAACAUCCGCCGCUGCCUGGCUCACAGCCUCUUCAUGAACGCCGCGGAGCUGCAGCCGGACGGCACCUACAGGACCGUGGACUCUCACCAGCUGGUGGCCAUCCACCCCUCCUCCGUGCUCUUCCACUGCAAGCCAGCCUGCGUGGUUUACAACGGGCUGCUUCACACCAACAAGUGCUACAUGCGGGACCUGUGCGUGGUGGAUGCGGACUGGCUGUACGAUGCAGCGCCUGACUAUUUCCGCAGGAAGCUCCGCACGGCCAAGAACUGACCUGUGGGUCUGGGACCAGCAGGGCCAGGGUUUUUAGGCUCACCCUAAAAGGCUAUUUUUUUGUUUUGUAAUGAAUGUUUGGGAGCGGUAGAGCUUUGCCUUGCAAAUCAGGUAAAAACCUUAGGGGGAAGCGGCUUCUCCAUGAGAGCGAGACCUCACAAGUCUCCGUGGCUUAGAACAAUCAUCCUUUCUAACAGUUAAUCUGUAAAAGGGGAACGUAGUAUGUACUCUGCGCGCGUGUG